GGGGCGCGGGCGCAGCCGGAAGCCGCGGCAGGGCGGGGUGCCCGGGCGGGAUGCGGUGAAGGGCGAGCGGCGCGGCGGGCGCGAUGAGUGCCUCCGCAGCCACAGGGGUCUUCGUGCUGUCCCUCUCGGCCAUCCCGGUCACCUACGUCUUUAACCACCUGGCAGCCCAGCAUGAUUCCUGGACAAUUGUAGGGGUGGCUGCCCUCAUCCUGCUCCUGAUAGCCCUGCUGGCUCGGGUCCUUGUCAAAAGAAAACCACCCCGGGACCCGGUAUUCUAUGUGUUUGCAGUUUUUGGAUUUACCAGCGUGGUGAACCUUAUCAUAGGACUGGAACAAGAUGGAAUCAUUGAUGGAUUCAUGACAUACUACUUGAGAGAGGGUGAGCCCUAUUUGAACACUGCACAUGGGCACAUGAUCUGCUACUGGGAUGGCUCUGCCCAUUAUCUGAUGUACCUGGUGAUGGUGGCGGCCAUAGCAUGGGAAGAAAGUUAUAGAACCAUUGGCCUAUAUUGGGUUGGAUCUAUUAUUAUGAGCACUGUUGUUUUUGUGCCAGGAAACAUUGUUGGGAAGUAUGGAACACGAAUUUGCCCUGCUUUUUUCUUAAGCAUACCAUAUACUUGUCUUCCUGUCUGGGCUGGUUUCAGAAUCUAUAAUCAGCCAUCAGAAAUUUAUAAUUAUCCCUCAAAGGUUGUUCAAGAAGCCCAAGCAAAAGGCCUGCUGAGAAGACCAUUUGAUUUAACGUUGGUUGCUUGUCUCCUCCUGGCAACUGGAUUUUGCCUUUUCAGAGGCUUGAUUGCUUUGGAUUGCCCAUCUGAACUGUGCAGAUUGUAUGUACAACUUCAAGAGCCCUAUCUCCGGGAUCCUGCUGCCUAUCCUAAAAUUCAGAUGCUGGCGUAUCUGUUCUAUUCCGUCCCUUACUUUGUGAUUGCGCUCUAUGGCUUAGCGGUUCCUGGGUGUUCCUGGAUGCCUGACAUAACACUGAUACAUGCUGGAGGCCUAGCUCAGGCUCAGUUUUCUCACAUUGGUGCUUCUCUUCAUGCUAGAACUGCUUACGUCUACAGAGUCCCUGAAGACGCAAAAACCCUUUUUUUAGCAUUAAACACAGCAUAUGGAAUUCUUCCUCAACUCUUGGCCUAUCGUUGUAUCUACAAACCAGAGUUCUUCAUAAAAACAAAAGCAGAUGAAAAGGUGGAAUGAAAAUAUUACUUCAUGCUCUUCCUUUCUAGAUUUGCGGCUUUUGUCAUACUGGUACUGGUAUUUUGUUCCAUUUUAUCCUCUUCCCAUAUAUGAAUACUUAAGAACACAUAAAUUCUUGCUCUGCACUAUAUGCUUGAGCUACACUGUAUUGUGUAUUAUAAUUUUUUUUUUUUAAAGAAAAUAGAAGUUGUUGAGAAAUUUGUUUAAAGAAAUACAUUUGAAAUUAUUUGUGGACAAACUUGACCAUCUAUCUCAAUAUUCUGUUUGACAUAUUAAAUAAUUAUAGAUGAAAAUUACAAUUUAGUGCCUACAAUAGUGAGCAUGAAAAUGAAACUAUUUGAAAAUGAAUAUGGUCUACAUAUAUUAAAAACUCAAAAUAGUAAACAUAGUUUGGAAAAAUACAUCUUCCCCUAAGAUGUAUGUGCUUCAUUAUAAAAGGCAAAUCAUCAGAGUAUUUUAAAACUGUUUGAAAAUGUUUUCAUUUUUAGGAAAGUGCAUUAUUUGCUGCUGUUUAAAAAUUGUUUUUAGUAAUUUUUUGUGUGAAUUUAAAUAGCUAAAGAGGGACUGAUAACUUUCUGUCUGCCCUUAAUGAACACUUGUUUUAUUGGUGGCUGGAAAUAUUUUUAUUGCAUUUCUGUAUAUAUUUUUAAUAAAAUUAUUUUUGGCCUUUAUGAAGAUAAUUUCAUUGACUUUAAAACAUUUUAUAUAUAUAUACACAAAAAUGGCUUUUUAAGAAAAUCUCUCAGUUAUACAUACCAAUUCAAAACGUCAUCUAUAUUCUUCUCAUGUUUUAGUGUAAGCAAUGAAGAGGACUUUUGAUGAAUUAAUUAAACUUCAUUAAUUUCAAAAUAAAUUAAAAUUAGAAAGUACCUUUUAAGAAAAAAAACUGGAUUGGUAUCCAGGUAUUUUUUUAUGAACGUUUCCUAUGGAAUUUUGUGAGUAUACUAAAGAAAAUAUUUGCUACACGAGAGAAACCAAACAUAGCUGCUUCCUCAGUGUGCCAUGGAGUGAGAAGUGGAUCGGUGUUUUCAUACCCUUAGCUGCCAUCAUCACCAUCAACAGCCCUAGGAAUUUAGAUCUGCUUACAUUUUUCUCUUCAUGUUAGAAAAUCAAAAGAAAAUGGGAUACAAAUCAAUGGAUGGAUAAAUUUAAUGUGUAAAUCUAGGGUCCACUUGGCUGGUAAAUGUGCAUGUGCAAGCAGGUCAUAUAGUCACCCCCAACACCCGUACCAGUUUUUUCAAAUAACCUAAAACCCAAAGAGUGUUUUAAAAAAAUGAAAUAAAAAGAAAACCCUCACCUGUACUUGAUUCUGUUGUCAACUUGCUGUUAACAAUUUUUGCUUUAAUAUAGGAAUUAACAUUAAUACCUCACAUUACAUAUAUGAAGCCAAAUUACACUAACUUAGUUGUUUACAACCUCAAAUCUUACUCCCAGUACACAUUCCAAUAAAUUUAUUCUGUAAAAACAAUACAUUUUUUUGUUUUUCAUUUUUUUUACAGUAAACUUUUCAACUACAAACCUUGAAUACGCAAAAGAUGUUCCAAAGACAAGCAAAAACAGGAUUGAUAAAACUCAAACUGACUAAAUGUGUUUUCACAAUAUAAGCUGGCAUAAAAAUAAAUAAAAUUCUCUAUUAUCACAAUAGCAACAAUAAUGUACACAUAGUAAUGGUUUGUGGAUGAAUACUAACUAUUCUAAUUCUAGUUCCAAAAGGAAACAGUUCAUUUUAAAGACUGUAUUAAAAGUCAAUGCUUUGUCUCGUUUCCCACAGGCUGCUGCUGAGUCCAGCUUUAAAAUGUAAAGUGUCCACCGUGAGCGAUUGGGUCAAAUUGUAUUGGCAUUGGGAAAAAAUAAAUCAUUGCCUUUAUUCUGGAGUAACACAAAAAAAGACUUACUAACUUCACAUAUAGAAACUUAGCUUGUGUACAUAACAAUAUGAAUUUUGAGAAGUAUAGGCUGUCAACUAGCUAUUUCUAAUACGGAAUAGAUAUUUUACAAUAUGGUUAAACUUUACACAUGGCCUCAAAACUGAAGGACAAUUUUAAUUUCAUCUUCAAUAUACCAACAUUAUGUAUUUAGGAAUUAGUUCUUGGAUUCUGGCACAAAGAAGAAAUUCCAUCCUUAAGUAUUAUUGUUGAGUGGUCAUCUAAAAAUGCUAAUUUAUAUUUAACUGAGUGGUGAUGGUGGAGUAAAGGCAAGAAAAUGAUAAACAUAACUGCCUUGAUAAAAGGAUCCUAGACAUGUGUAAGUCUGCGCAAAAAUCUUGAUAAUCCUUAGUGGUUAAGGGCAAUUUCAUGCAACCAAAUAAUAUGAAAUUAAAUCAGUAACUUUAAAAAAGGCUAAAAUGUCUUCCCCAAACACAACAGAGAGGAAUGUGAAUAAUGUACAUACAAACUGGGAUUCUGUCAAUGACAACAAGGACUAUGUGUUGGUUCAUAUCAAAUCCAAGAAUAUUAGACAACCAAACAUAUAACCUUCUUGUGGUUUCUCUUAAUAUGCAGCAUUCAUUAGGGUUGUUAGGUCUGUAAA